CACUACAGCGAGGCCGUGUCCGAUCGCGAGGACGACCCCAACUUCUUCAAGAUGGUGGAGGGCUUCUUCGACCGCGGCGCCAGCAUCGUGGAGGACAAGCUGGUGGAGGACCUCCGGACCCGGGAGAGUGCGGAGCAGAAGCGGAACCGGGUGCGCGGCAUCCUGCGGAUCAUCAAGCCCUGCAACCAUGUGCUGAGCCUGUCCUUCCCCAUCCGCCGCGACGACGGCUCCUGGGAAGUCAUAGAGGGCUACCGGGCCCAGCACAGCCAGCACCGCACACCCUGCAAAGGAGGUAUCCGGUACAGCACAGAUGUGAGUGUGGAUGAAGUGAAAGCUUUGGCUUCGCUGAUGACAUAUAAAUGUGCAGUCGUUGAUGUGCCAUUCGGGGGUGCUAAAGCUGGGGUGAAGAUCAAUCCCAAGAACUACACUGAUAAUGAAUUGGAGAAGAUCACGAGGAGGUUCACCAUGGAGCUGGCCAAGAAGGGCUUCAUCGGUCCUGGCAUUGAUGUGCCUGCCCCUGACAUGAGCACAGGCGAGCGAGAGAUGUCCUGGAUUGCUGAUACCUAUGCCAGCACCAUAGGGCACUAUGAUAUUAAUGCGCAUGCCUGUGUUACUGGCAAACCCAUCAGUCAAGGUGGAAUUCAUGGGCGCAUAUCUGCCACUGGCCGUGGUGUUUUCCAUGGGAUUGAAAACUUCAUCAAUGAAGCUUCUUACAUGAGCAUCCUAGGAAUGACACCAGGGUUUGGAGAUAAAACCUUCGUUGUUCAGGGAUUUGGUAAUGUGGGUCUGCACUCUAUGAGGUACUUACAUCGCUUUGGUGCUAAAUGUGUUGGUGUUGGGGAAUCUGAUGGGAGCAUAUGGAAUCCAGAUGGUAUUGAUCCAAAGGAACUGGAAGACUUCAAAUUGCAACAUGGGUCAAUCCUGGGCUUCCCCAAGGCAACGCCCUACGAAGGAAGCAUCUUGGAAGCCGACUGUGACAUACUGAUCCCAGCGGCCAGCGAGAAGCAAUUGACCAAAUCUAAUGCACCUAGAGUCAAAGCCAAGAUCAUUGCUGAAGGUGCCAAUGGACCGACAACUCCAGAAGCGGACAAGGUUUUCUUGGAGAGGAACAUUAUGGUGAUUCCUGACCUCUACUUGAAUGCUGGCGGCGUGACGGUCUCUUACUUUGAAUGGCUGAAGAACCUCAAUCACGUCAGCUAUGGCCGCCUGACCUUCAAGUAUGAAAGGGACUCUAACUACCACCUGCUCAUGUCUGUUCAAGAGAGUUUAGAAAGGAAGUUUGGAAAGCAUGGCGGAACUAUCCCUGUCGUACCCACCGCAGAGUUCCAAGACAGGAUAUCGGGUGCUUCUGAGAAAGACAUCGUGCACUCGGGCUUAGCUUACACGAUGGAGCGUUCUGCCCGGCAAAUCAUGCGCACAGCCAUGAAGUAUAACCUGGGGCUGGACCUGAGAACUGCUGCCUAUGUCAAUGCCAUUGAAAAAGUCUUCAAGGUGUACAAUGAAGCGGGUGUGACCUUCACAUAGACGGGUCACGGCUGGCCGCUCCACUAUCCUCUCCACCUGUAACAGCUACAAUCCUAUCACAAGUUUACAUGUAACCACAGAAUUCUCUCUAUCCUGACUUAAUAUAUCGUAAAGAACACCAUUCUCAGCAGGUCAAUUCAAAUCAGCCCCAUAAAAAGGAAAAAUGAAGAUGAGGUGAUCAUGUACAUGCUGAUGAGUGAGGGUAAAGAUAGAAAUCACCCGUGCCACAAGGUCAUUUGGGGUAUUUUGCCUUUGAAUUAAAAGUCCCUUCCAUCUGGCUUUGUGUCCCAGCUCUGGCUGCGUCCCAACACGUUGAUGGCCAGUGUUUAGAAUGAACUCCCAUUGUCCAAGAGCAGCCAGUGGCCUGCCUCCUGGCAGCCUAGACAAGUCUUGGACAUGCUGUCACACGGACACAUUUAAGGAGUAGGUGUGUGUAUGUGGCCUUUUCAGAAGGUGACGUCAUCCUAAAGUGAGUUAUUGAUAAUUUCACAUCAGCAAAACGCUCAGUUUGGCAAGUUGCAAACAAAGCCAGUUUCUUUUUAUGUAUUUUCUUUCUUUAGAAUUAAAUACGCAUAUACUGCUCUAAUACAAUUGCCUUGAAUCACUUAACAAGCCUAACGUUGACUCAAGCAGAGAAUGCCUAUAAACAUAAAGAAAAAGCUAGUAUUUUUGUAACAUAAGACAGUAUCCUUUAUAGCUUAUCAGUUGUGUCUGACCGUCCAGCAAAGCCAGCUAGAGAAUUGUGUUAUCUUCAGUACUGCAGAUGGAGGCUAUUUUUGUUAAGACUAUCUGAAUUUAUGAACUAUAAUCAUGACACAUAGUCCAAAGAAUACUGUGCCCUCCUUAUCAUUUCAUUAAUUUCCCUUUCUUUUAAGGGUCUAUCAUGUCGACUAAUUUAACAAUAAUUCAAGUAGAUUAUUCCAGAAAAAUCAACACUCACGCUCCCUGUUUGGAGUCUUGCUGGCGACUCUGAGCAUUGCUAACGGUCCAAAGGGCCUGGCAUUGUGCCCUGCGCCCCUUGCAGGCCUCAUUCUGCCCACGAGCUUCGUGGACAGACUGCCUGUAAACAGCCUGGCCUCGAGCGCUGGGUCAGGAGUUGUUUGGCCAGGGUCUUGUGAAAAGUAGUGUCUCCAUGAAAUGCUAGAUAUUAUUUAUAUAAUGAAUGAGCACCUUCCCCCCUCCUUUAUCCCCCUUUUUUUUUUUUUUAACAAUGCCCUUUCAGAAAUUUCUAACUACUUUGUAAACUGCAUGACUUAAACCUGGCGAUAAAGCAGUUAUUAAAAGUCUACCUUUUCCAAA